AUUUUACUCCUUCAGGCUUUCCUGGGUCGCCAUUUCCAUCGUGUCUAGGAGCUCCUCUUUCUCUCGCGGAUUGAAUCGCAUCGGAGAAGGAGAGGCAGAGGCUGAGAGAUGGGCAGCACGCGAACCAACUUCUACAAGAAUCCCUCCUUCGCCUACAACAAAGACUUGAGCCUGUCCUCCGUCCUCCAAAACCUCAGAGCAUACAAUGCCGCGACUGGAAACGCACCAUCCACCACCGCUACCAGCGGCGAACCAACUCCGGAAGAGAGUCCGGAGAACAAGAAGUAUGCCCCCUCUCAUUCACGGCAUCGGAAGCGGAAGCACGAAGGAAAGCGGCACCAGGAGGCAGCGAGUGCCGAGGAGCAAAGCCAGACGAGUUUCUCCCAUCAAGGCUACAUCGAGAAGAUAAGGAAAGAAAUAGGAACUUCUCGGUUUUCCCUUGAUACAUCUCCACGUUCAGUGGGGACUUCCAGCAGGAAUUGUGAGCCCGUUAUGAAUUGUAAAGGGGGUGAAAGAACUUCAUCUGAAGAAUGUGAAGAAAAACUGGAUGCAUCCAUUCCUGCUCAUGCAGAAGAGAGUAAUCGAGUUAAGGAGAGACAUGAACAACGCUUUCCUUUACCUGGAGAGCCAGCCUGUGUCUUAUGUGGACGUUAUGGAGAGUAUAUCUGUGAUAGGACUGGUGAUGAUAUCUGCAGCAUAGAUUGCAAAACUGAACUACUGGAACUCAAAGAUCUUCCCCUGGUUGAGAGAACAUUUAGUCACAAGGAAUUGCCAUGGCAAACUGGACCUGAAGAUGUGUUACAGAUGCCUGAGUUAGAGAAGGAUGCUUGGGAUGAGGACAGGCAUCAGUGGUCCUCUGAUGCCCAGAAGACGUUCAGUCUGUCUACAUAUAAAUGUUGGAGAUGUCAAAAGCCUGGCCACCUAGCGGAGGAUUGCUUGGUGAAAAUAGGUUCUUCCAAUCGAUGCAGCCAGGAACUGGUGUCGGAUUACAGAUUGAACCCAAUACCUAAAGACCUACGUGCCCUCUACAAAAGAUGCCAGCAAAUAGGAAAGAACUCAUCUAGUGCAACAUGCAAUACUUGUCAUGGCUCAUCAAGUUUGGCACUGUGCCUUGACUGUAACAUGGUCUUCUGCGAUAGUGCAGGUCAUUUGAAGGCACAUAUUUGUGCACACCCUUCUCAUCAAAGGUUUUACUCUUAUAAGCUUAAACGUUUGGUAAAAUGCUGCAAGUCGACUUGCAAUGUAACAGAAUUGAAGGAUCUUCUAGUUUGCCACUAUUGCCUUGAUAAGGCCUUUGACAAGUUCUACAAUAUGUAUACAGCCACAUGGAAUGGGACUGGACUUUCUGUCAUCUGGGGUUCCAUUUGUUGUGAUGACCAUUUCACUUGGCAUCGAAUGAACUGCUACGGUUCUGAUGUAGAAGGCAGUGCAUCUAUUAUCAAAAGCAAUAUGCAAAGAGAUCCAAGCGGCCAGCUCAGUGACUUCAUUUUCUGAUGAUUACUGUUGCCUACGGAUGGUAUUUGAAUUGACCCUGGGAAUGAUCUAAUGCAAUUUGGAAAAAAUCAGCAGAACCUUAGCGCUUUGUGUUGGUUACGAGCUCUCUUCCUUUUAUUACUUCUACAGAUUAAAUUGGAGGAAGAUGAGUCCGCUAGUGUUGAAUAACAGUGAGCAAUUUACUGUGUCCAGCAGGUGUCAUGUUAAAGUCCUUCUGUAAUAUGAGGCUUCCUGUUUUUCUAAUUUGUUUUUUUCUGAAUUUUUUUGUUUAAAACUAUGUUGUAUGCAUGAGACAUUAGUAUUUUCAUUGCUGAAAGAAGCUUCAUGGAAGAAGUUGCAAUAA